GUUUCACACACAAUCCUCACUCCCUCUGAUAGCUUAAGCUCCAAUGUUUUCCCAGGAAUCUAUCUUUAGGCUGUGCACAUCUCCUUUGGCCUGCUUCCUCCUUCCUCCUUCCUCCCAGAGAAUAAACCACACUAAGAGGGUGGGGGUCCUUUUACCUAGGAGUUGUGCAAAGAUGCAGGGCACUGUGUCCCUGGGAAAUACUUUUUCCAGAGCAGGGGGUGGGUGGGGAUUUUGAGAGUCUUCAGAGUCUUAGUUUGUUGACUUUUCUACUUGGGGUGCAGAUGCUCUCAAAUUUGGCUUGUUAAUAUUUUUGUUAAAAUUGGACUUUUCAGAGUUUGGGGAACAGAAAGUCAGUCCAGCUUCAAAAUGUGCGAUUGAAGAAGCUUGUCCUGGAAGAGGAAACUGUCCAUUUUAGUGAUGUUGGUCUUACAUACUUACCUCUAGAAGUUAUUGAAGCUACGAGUGCCACAGUUUUCUAAUGUUUCCCCUAAGAACUAAGGCCUCGAGUAGGAGUUGGGGAUGGGGUAGUGGGGAAUUGACUUGACAGUCUCCCAGAUAUUUGGUAGCAACAAAACAGACUAUGAUGUUGGUUUCCUGAAUCUUAAGCCAGUGCUAUUUCUAGUACAUUAUAAUGUACUUUUUAAGAAAGUUCUUUGUAGAGUUAAAAUUCUUUGCAAAAGUAAGGCCUUGUUUUGGUUGUUGCUUGUAAUAGCACUGACAGGGGAAUAUAAACCUGGAGGUCUUGGAACAUCUUGGGUGUCUCAGACUUCAAAUUGAUGCCAGAGGAGUCUCUCCCUCUUUGAGCCUAUGGGGCUUAGAAUUUGUGGUUCCAUGAUCUUUCUUUAUAGGUGUUUCUGUUCCAUUGGGAUCUAGAACAAAUGUCCAUAUGGAAUGGAUGAUAACAGUUCAGUUUCAUUAUCAGUUGGGAUAAGGAUAGGAGUUUUCCAUUAAUCUCUGUUUUCUGUGGUCUCUGUUUUCUAUGCUAGGUGAGCCCCAGGUGUGACCCAGAGGGAUCCAGGUGUCUUCUCUGCAGGCUGUUUGCCAUGAUACCCCACCAAGGACAGGGGGAAUAAAGUGGGAAUCCUUCCCCAUGCCCCUCCCAUGGUCAGCUCCCCAAUGGCCUGGGUGAGGGUGGGCUGGCUGCUCUGACACCAUGGGGAGCUGCUGUAGCUGCUUGAACAGAGACAGCGUCCCAGACAACCACCCUACCAAGUUCAAGGUGACCAAUGUGGAUGAUGAGGGGGUAGAAUUGGGCUCAGGGGUGAUGGAGCUGACACAGAGUGAGCUGGUGCUGCACCUGCAGCGGAGGGAAGCUGUCCGCUGGCCCUACCUCUGCCUGCGACGUUAUGGCUAUGACUCUAACCUCUUCUCCUUUGAGAGUGGCCGCAGAUGUCAGACAGGCCAGGGGAUAUUUGCCUUCAAGUGCUCUCGAGCUGAGGAAAUCUUCAACCUCCUCCAGGAGCUGAUGCAGUGCAACAGCAUCAGUGUGCUGGAGGAGCCAAUCAUCAUCACCCGCAACAGCCACCCUGCUGAGCUCGACCUCCCUCGGGCCCCCCAGCAGCCCAAUGCUCUAGGCUACACUGUCUCCAGCUUCUCCAAUGGCUUUCCUGGCUGCCCUGGAGAGGGCCCACGAUUCUCUGUUCCCCAGCGGCCAUCAACAAGCAGCCUGCGACACUCUUCACUUGGGGAAGAGUCCACCCACGCCCUCAUUGCCCCCGAUGAGCAGUCCCACACCUAUGUCAACACACCUGCCAGUGAAGAUGACCACCGCAGGAGCCGGCAUUGCCUGCAGCCUCUGCCUGAGGGCCAGGCACCCUCACAGGCCCAGGGCCCCGACCAGCGGGACCCGCAGGUGUUCUUGCAGCAGGGCCAGGUGAAGUUUGUGUUGGGCCCCACUCCUGCUCGGCGGCACAUGAUGAAGUGCCAGGGCCUCUGCCCCAGCCUGCAUGACCCUCCCCACCACAACAAUAACAAUGAGGGUUCUUCUGAGUGCCCGGCCCAGCCCAAAUGCACCUACGAGAAUGUCAGUGGGGGGCUGCGGAGAGGCGGUGGCUGGAGACUGAGCCCAGAGGAGCCAGGCUGGAGUGGCCUGGCCCACCGCAGGGCCGCCCUGCUGCACUAUGAGAACCUGCCCCCACUGCCCCCUGUGUGGGAGAGCCAAGCCCAGCAACUGGGUGGGGAGGCUGGGGACGAUGGGGACUCAAGGGAUGGGCUCACACCCUCCUCCAACGGCUUCCCUGAUGGUGAGGAGGACGAGACCCCACUGCAGAAGCCCACCAGCACCCGGGCUGCCACCCGCAGCCACAGCAGCUUCCCUGUGCCACUGACCCGCCGCCGUGGCUCCCCAAGGGUCUUCAACUUUGAUUUCCGCCGGCCAGGCCCCGAACCCCCAAGGCAGCUCAACUACAUCCAGGUGGAGCUCAAGGGCUGGGGCGGAGACCGCUCCAAAGGGUCCCAGAACCCCUCAGUUCCCCAAGCCCCGGUGCCCAUAACCCACCCUGCCCGCAGCUCAGACUCCUAUGCCGUGAUUGACCUCAAGAAGACUGUGGCCAUGUCCAACCUGCAGAGAGCUCUGCCCAGGGAUGAUGGCACUGCCAGGAAGACCCGGCACAAUAGCACUGACCUGCCUCUGUAGAUGGCCCCAUCCUCCACCCAUGCCCACCGUGGUCUGGCCUCUAUCUCUCUCCGUCCUGUGACCCACCCAUCCUGGGCUCAGGGCUGCUUGGCAGAAGGCACUGAGGUGGAGCCAGAAGCUUCCCAGAGUGGGCUGAAGUCCCCACAGAUGUCAGCCACUGAGUCUUCUGGUCCCCAGGCUGGAGAGAGGAGAGGGUGACUGGGCAAGGAGGAACCACAGCGUGAACUGUGAAGGGUCCUGUGAUGGUGUCUCACACCUCCCCUCCCAUCCAUUUGUCUUGUCUGUCAGCUGUCUGUGUGUGUUUUUUGGUUGGAAUUUUGAAACAUUUUGUACCUGUUGAUUUUAUUUAUCAGUUUAUUUUUCUAUUUAUUGUUUUAAAUGUAAUUUAACAUAUUUAUUAUUAAUAUAAUUAUUUUUAAAUUCUG